AUGACUAGAGAAGACUUAGAGGUAUAAGGAACAAAUUAGAUGAUAUAAUUACCUCUUAAGCUCUUCACGUUGUUGAGGAUAUCCGUUUGAUUUUCAGGAGUGUUGUGGUCCCGCGUCGAGCAGACAUUUGCAGUUUAGAGAUCGUGUGCAGAAAACAUUCUAUUAUGGCCACUAUUCGGACAGAUCAUUGCCAUCUUUGGCUGUGACAGGUACAAAGAUGCUUUCGUAGUAUUUAGUUUGAAGUACAGUUCUUUCGCUCUCUUCCAAAAUGACAUUUGGUCGUGAUCUGCUUGUAACUAUAGUUAUUUUUGCAAGCAUGCUUGCAACUGUAUGUGCUCUAAAAAGCGAUGACGUUUUACACUUUCUGCGUUCUAAAUAUUUUCAUUGUUAUUUUCAGCCUCAAGGCCUGGCAAAAUUUCAAAAUUUUGACUCUUUUAAUGACGUCGAUUUCGAUGGAUUCAUUUGGCACGAAAAUAUUUCCACUCCUCACGUACAGCACGCACGAAAUAAAAUUGAUUAUAUGCUCCUAUCUGUUUCCUUUACGUUUAUACAAGCUUAAAUUUUAAUCUUUUAUAUAGGUUUUCUUGACAGAAAAAGAUAUCAUGCCGGCUCAUGUGUUAGCAGUAACAUAUUGCUAUUUCUCACAAUACAAAAGGAAUGUAAAUGCUGCUUCUUAUUGUUUUAUGUUUGAAGCCUGGUUUAACUGUAGACCACCAUGCCUUGAACAAAUUAAAUAUGAUACACAAGAAUGAAGUAAGUGAGGAAUAAAUUUAACACGGUAUCCUUUCUUGCGUGCUAGCUAUCUAUCAGUAUACGGUACUCAGUAAGAAGAAAAGGCAAGAAGUCAUUCAGUCAAUAAUAAUUAUUAGAAGUAAAUCCAAAAAUGAAUGUGUAUGCUACAGUGCUUAAUUCCUCAUUCUUUUGGUCCAAAAGUGAAACAAGUAACAGCUUUCCUUCUUGACUCAUUCUCUCUUUAUGGACUGCAUAGCUAACUUCUAAGGUACACGUAGCUGUCCAUCUUUAAUCAAUUUUUUUUUCCUGACGCCUAACCUGAAGAUAUUUGUCCAUCUUGAAUUAAUUUUUUUUGUGUAUUUUCAUACAGCAAAGCUGUUGUAGGUAAAGAAACCAUUCUCUCAUUAAACCAGUAUUCAGUGUAGUUUGAUUCAGAAUUUUCUUUGUCUCCUAUCCCAGAUUAUAAUUCUUUGAAGAAAAAGAAAUCCUGGUUUAACCUGAGAACAGAUUUUACUCACAACAGAGCCAGUGUUUUUCAGUAAUGCCGUCAAUGUGGCAGAGUAUUCUGCCUGGGGCCUUUAGGUGCUUCAAAAAAUAUGUCGCCUAUUAACUUUUACCGGUUUACUCCACAAUGUAAAAUAAUAAGACAAAACUCACCAAAUACGCAAGGUCCUUGAAAAGUGGCAUCCACUUGCUAACAGGAAAACAUGAAAAAAGUGAGCCAGCAUUACAUUGUAAGUUGGUCAGCUGUGUUAUUGAACAGCAUGAAAGUGAGGCAGAGUGAGUUUAAAAAAGAGCAAUGUCAAAUAUAUUGAUCCCUGACUGAACCAGCACUGGCUAUCGGCAUAUUAAUUGACAGGUUUUUUUUUAAUUCACCUCAAGAUAGUGGUGUUUAAACAAGUUGCCACUCUCUUCUGUCAUUUCCUGUACAAGACCCAGAGUAAGCUGGGGAUUCAUUAAAAUUGAAGUAGGCAGUAGGUUUGAGUAGAGUAACCGACUGUAUAAACAAGGGGCCCUUCCUCUUGGGGUGUCUGGAGGUGUGUUCGCCUGAGAAAAUUUAAAAUUUUUGAAACCCUAAAAAGCGAGUUCUCUUGAGUUUAAAAGAUAAAGGAAGUUUUUUAUCAACAGCAGCUUUUUUUUUUUUAUUUUGCAAAACUUACAGUCACCCUUCAUCAGCGAUGUCAACAGAGGCCUUCACCCAGCGAUGGAAAUUAGAAUUUGUGAUUACUUACUUAACAUUCUAUUUGCUUAUAAUCUGAGAUCUCGCAUUAAUUUUUUUCUCCAUCAUUUUUUUUUAAUAUAUAUUUAGAUGUGGCAGUUGAAGUAUUUAGUACAGUUGCUCCUACAAAGAGAAAACAGCUUGAUGCAAGUUACGCUAUGGCUGUCUCAAGGUUAGAGAGUGAUGUUGUAUGUAGUUGAAAAUGAAAUUCAGGGUAAAAUAGUUUCAAUCUACAGCUAGUUUGAAUGUCAAUUUUUACUUUAUCUCCUAACCUUAAUUAUUAUUCAUGUUAACCUUAUUAUUUAUGAUGUGAAUAAUUAUUAGUGUUACUAGGAGACAAAGGAAAUUGAUUAUGCCAUUCAUGAUUAAUAAAUAUAAUUAUAUUAUGAGGGCUAGUAAAUUGAAAAUCCUCAGAUACAGUAAAACCCGCAACUAAUUAUAAGAACCUGGUUUUGAAGAACACUGUAUCCUAAAAUUUGCCUGUUAGGCACCCUCUAUACAGGAACCUGUUAGCCUAAAAUUUGAAAGAGGUUCUUAUUUUCCAAAAUCUAUAAAAAAAAAAAAUCUGUACACUUGGCCAAAUACAUUGUAAGAUGCAGUGUAAGUCAACAUUCAGGAUCCUCUUUGGAGACAUAAGCGCCUUAUAACUUCAAAUACAGCACUAAUUUAGUAUGCAAGUUUUAUUUAGGAAUAUGCUGAAUACAACUAAAUACUCUUAGUUACAAUCAAAGGUCACAUACAAAAAUUCAGGCAAUUCUGGCUAGAAUAGAAAAAUCGACAGAAGACUCGACAUACCUUAUUAUAGGAAAUUAACACUCCAUGAAAUUAACGCGAAUCGUUAAAAUUCGCGUUAAUUUUGUUGAGCGUUAAUUUCCGUGCUCUUAAUUUCCCGCAUUUUAACCCCAAUUUUGGAACCUGUCCAGAAACAUUAACUACUAGCUUUCUCUCUUUCCGUUUACCCUUUAUUUUUCAUCUUUCACAAAAGCUAAGGCGAAGGUUUACAAUAUUUCGAGUUCAUCUUCAUCGUUGUCGCUGUCAGAAGUGAUGUCAAUAUCUUCUCCUUUGAUUUCGGCCAAGAUAAUUGCGUUAAUUUCCUUUAUUAUGAAAUUUUACCUCCUCUUUCGCGUUAAUUUUGUUUAUUCGAAAGUCGUUUGCCAUUAAAUUCGCGUUAAUUUAAGUCGCGUUAAUUUCCAAUACCUUAAUUUCAUGUAGCGUUAAUUUCCUAUAAUAAGGUAGAAUUGGUGUAAGACAGUCAUGCCUUCUGCUCUUUUUUUUCCUUCAGAAAAUAAGAACCGUAAAUAGCCUAAAUUUCGCUAAUUACUAGUUAUGUAAGAACCUGUUAAGGCUACAAGAUUGUAACUUGGGAAAAUGCUGGUUCUUACCUAGGGAUUUUUACUGUAAGUACUGCAUGUAUGUGAUCCAGAUAUGUGAACCUAUGGAUAUUAGAAUUAUUCAUAGAGACCCUCUCUAUUUCAUCGCACCUCAUGCGCCUCACCUCACAUCACUAACCCACCUCUGAUUCCACCUGCAGUUACUCCCCACCCCUCUUCCCACCUGCAUUUACUCCUCACCCCUCUUCCCAUAGUAUAUGCACUCACAACUGACCCAACCCCCCCUCCCAAAUUAGAUUUUGAGCUUAACUGUUAUCUCUAUAUUGUGUUUAUUAGCUCUUUUACUUCCAGAACAAGUUAUGGCGGGAUUGUUUGUCAUUCAAACUUUUAAAUCUGUGGACAAAAUCCUGUGUUGUUAACAUUCAAAUAAACUAAAAGCCUCUUUGGCAGAGCUUUAACAUGGUGAUAUUUAUUUCUUACAAUAACCGUAAUUAAUAGGAAAAUGGUCAAUGCAGGGCUUCUGAUAUUUUGCGCGGUCGCAGAGCCACGAAAUUCAGGUAAAACCGCGAAAUUCGGUAGAAAUCUUAUCAAAUACAUGUCUGUACAACAUAUUUGAAAUUUAUUUCAGCUAUAGGGGCUAUUUACUUGCCGUAAACUUGCAAAUUUAUCUCGGAACUUCGUCACUGAAACGUGCAAACAACAUCCCGAAACUACCAGGCGUAGAUUAUGUUGCGAAAAACUGGGCACUAGCCUUGAUUUUAAAGGCUUUGCCAUUGGUUCGUUUCUGGAGCGUAUUGUUGUUGAAAGAGCAAAUGUUGUCCUCUGUUAGAAAAACGUUAAAAACACUGGUCUGAUCAGCGCAAAACCGAUCGAUUUCUAGCGAAAUUUGCCUGGAAAAAUUAAUAACCACAAAAUCAGCCGUUUUUUACCGAUUGCUUUUUGGUGAAGUUUGUCCCCAAAACUCCUGCGAACUUCCCGCAAAAUCAGCUGAUUUUUCCACGAAUUUGUCCCUAAAAAUCCCGCGAAAUUUGACUUUUUCUUCCGCGACCUAUCUAAAGCCCUGACAAUGAAAACCAUUCUCACUUUUUUAUUAAUGUUUCUGUAGGAGAGCGAAGAUAUCCCCCUGUACACUGAUGAUGGGAAUUCUUUAUUCUGAGCGGCUGCGACAGAAGAACCCUGAUUAUCUCAAAAGGGUUUCCUCAUCUGAUUUGUUUCUAAUAUCCAUGGUGAGUCAUCUUUACCAAUACUUCCUAUGUUUUCUCAGGAAUAUGGGAAUAGUCACGAGAUGCUUAGCUUAGGCCUGGACCAAACAUCGAACUUUUCUUCAUGAGACAAACCAAACUUAAGUUCAUGAAAAGUUUGACAUCUGGCUCAGCUAAGUUCAUCUGAAUGAGUUUGGAUCAUCCACUACGUUCUAUCCGUCUGCUUCAGAUGGAUAAAAUGUGUAAAGAUCGUCUCCAGGACAAAUGUUGAUCAUAUCACAUGCGAGGAGAUAAACAAAUAUGUAUACAAAAUAUGUAUGUGUAGCCUUGUUCAGGAGAAAAUUUAUUAAAAUUGCUUUUUGGUCUGAUCCAUUUUAUUAGUUCGAUGCAUCUUAAGUUCAAUACCCAACAGACGAUCUUAAUUAAGUCAACCCAAAUUAGAGUUUGGUCUGUCUCAUGAAAAGUUUGAUGAAAAGUUUGAAGCUUUCAAUUUGAGCUAUUUGUUUUAGUGCAUUAGAGCAGCAUGCGAAAAAAGUCAUGUCCGGUAGCCAGGGGCUAGUGGAUUUUGCUAUCAGGCUGGUGAAAUCUGUUCUUAACUUGCUCAAUGGACAAGUUAACUUUUGGGGGGAAUUCAAAUUAAAAAAGGACUGUAAUAGAUCCCAUUUGUCAAAAAUUUUUUUCAGGCUGGUUAUAAUGACUCUUGUGCGAGGUAGCCCAUGCUAGCUACAGCUUGCCCUUUGUACUGUCUCUGGCUGACAAGUAUGUGGUAAAUAAGUCUUUGUUAUUAUUGUCUUACAGAUGGUGGCAUCAAAGUACCUGUAUGAUGAAGGAGAAGAUGAAGAAGUCUUCAAUGAUGACUGGGCAAAAGCAGGCAAGUAACUGUCUGUAGUGACAUCUUUGGUAAACUGUCUUUUAGGCUAUGUUCACUGUAUACCAGAUACCCUUUGCAACAGCACAAAAACUGUACCGGAUAAGGCCUCUGUGCGCAGAUAAGAACGGCGAUUAAUGGAGCAAAGGUGCACUGCACCGAUCACUUAAGUGGAGUCACAUAUCAGGUAUUAUUAUUCAUUCAAAAUAUUUCUCCUUUUCUGAUUGACUAAAAGCACACUCAUAAUUCCUCAUAACAAGCUACUGUUGACCAAAUUUGGAAGAAUUUUGUGAUAUUGAACCGAUUCAUGACAUCAAAAGUGCAGCAAAGUUGCAGGUUAUUGAAUCGUUAACCGAGAAGACCUGGGGACGAGGUUGAGUUGUUUUGGCAGUGAGAACAAAAAUGGCGCACAUUUCACUUGUUUUACCAGGAAUAAAUAGGCAAACUAUUGGCUAAAAACGUAGCAAGAACAGCAAGAAGACAACUCCAAGGGCAACAUCUGCUUUUUGGAGAAUAUUCGCAGAGCUAAACAACCCUUUAGCUCCUAAACGUGCCAAUUAAUGUGCCCUGUCAAAGAUGAACGUAACAUCGAUGGAGAUGUUUUAGCUUGUUUUAAACUAAGAAUUAUUUUGUAUGAAUAAUAAAACAGUUAUACAGGAUAGCUUUUUGUGUUAGUGCAGAAAGCUAUCCUGUUAAUUGUAAACAUAGUCAUUGCUCUUAUUUAAUUUGUCCUUAAAGCCAUUAUUGUAAAAUUGUCAAGCUGUAUCGCCCAAUAAAUAAAUAAAGACAUGUCUGUAAAUUAUGGUAAUUUGUCUUUUAGCCCUCUGGAGCCAUAUAGUAAAAUUAUCACGCAAUAUGUGGAUACCAUAAAAAAUAUACUUUCUACUGUGUCUGAUCUAGGAUUUUCUGCUAGGGGAGGCAAUGUGUCCCAGUCAACAAUUUUCAGAGGGCCAUUUCGUUUUUUGGGGGGUCACCAUAUUUUUUUUUAUUCUAAUGUACCGUGUGUUAUGUUAUCAGCAAAUGCAAUGUUCGACAGUGAAUUGAACAUACAGUCAUUAUCUAGAGGAAAAAUAAAAUAUUAGUUUAUUCACGUGCGAUGGAUUUGAGAUUUGAUUUGUGGCAAAGCAAAAGAACAUACCCUUUGGUGGAUCAAACUUCAGACAUUUGUACAGUGAUCUUCUCUAGCCAACUCUGUUGAAAGUGGACGUUUCUGCUGUUUCUUCUUUGUGUUGUGGCCCAAAAAAUGCUGAAAGCCUUCUUUGUUUUAACAUCACUUUGCAUUUACACACAUCAAGACAGGGGCUCCCAAUUAAGCACGUGAGUCUACAUAAUCUACCCCCUAUAACAUUUAUUCAAAUUAGUUGCUGGCAGCCUAAGAAAAUUGAUCCUUUUACAUACAUGGUAUUCUCUGGAUUUUAGUUCCUGCUUUACUUUCAACCUUCUGAAAUUUAAACCAAAAUGUUGUUUUAGCCGUUUAAGUCCCAAUAGUAACCAAACUCAAAUUUCUCCAAACAAUAUCCAUACAGUGUCAAGAGAUAAGUUACAAUAAUUAAGAAAAUGAUCACACAAGAGGAAAUGCCUUGAUCUUUUAUCAAAUUCUCUCUAGUUAUUCUUUAUGGAAAUGUAUAGCAAUCAGUUUGGAGAAUUUGUAUGUGGAUACUGGGGCUCAGAAGGUUAAGAAGAUUUUGCACGAGGAGGAAUUACAUCUCCUUGUGUCGUUUUCUUUUGAAGCACAAUUUUGAGUGCACCAAAAUAACCCAUAACAGGUAUUUGAAGGGGACAUCUUUGCUCAAACUGCGGCAAUCCCGCAGUGGCACACUCUUCAUCAACACUAUCUACUCAUUACUGUGCGACUUACUUGAACUGGGGCACUUAGGAGAAGAUUGUCCAAUCACAAAAGAUUCUCAAGUUUUUUGGCAAACAGACCAAUAAAAUUCAAGGUUCAAGUAAGUAACCAUUGAAAACUUUAAAACAAUUAAUGUCAUUGGUCUUCUUGCCUAAAAACUUGAAAAUCUUUUGUUUUCAGAAAUUGUUGUGAUGGGACAAUCUUCGAGCUGUCACAUUUCAACAUGCUGAAAUAUGCUUUGAGGCUGCAACCGAGAGUGCUCGGAACCUGCGCCGAAUUCAGCUGCUACUAGAGAGCUUAAGCUUCACGUAUACAGCAAAAUUAAUGUGAAAUGGCAGUGAUGACCAUGUGACCAUUGUCCUCACUGUUUGUAAUACCAUCUUUUCGCAGUGUUUUCAGGAUCAUGAUUGUUAGGAAGAAAAGUAUUCUUGUUGAUGAUCAUUCACAUUAGCCCUCAUAUUUUGGGCCAUCAUCGCCAUUUUUAUGUCUGCCAUUUGACGUAAACAUGAUGCUUGACCUCUCUACUGACUGCCAUGAGCCUAUUCGCUGCUUGUUGUUAAUUCAGUUAAAUUGCUCUUAACCACUUAGACAUGCCAGUGAAAUUUUUGGAGUCGGCUGAUUAAAUAUCUGUUUUGUUUCAAUUUCAGGAAAUAGGACUGUAAAUGAGGUAAACAAAUUGGAAAUGGAGUUUCUGGCUUCCAUUGUGAGUGAUGGCUUUUGUGUCAGUUUUAUUUUAUUCUACUCUGCUCUAUUCCUAAGAUUUUGCUUUUUGUCAGUUUUUGGCAAGGACACUGGCUUUUGUGAGGUUGUUCCUUCCUUCCUUCCUUCCUUUUUUCCUUGUCACAGCCUGAUUUCUAUGAAUACUGGGCAUCUAUUCAAUUUUAGGGCCCACAAUGUAAACUACUGGGCUAACCAGUAAUUGUGAAAGCCAUUAAAGUUUUAUUUAUAUAUUUUGAGGGGUCCAAAAAGGGACAUUUAAUAGAUAGAAGGCAUUUAUUCUCAUAACUGUAACAAGCUCAACAAACUAAUAUGCUUUCGGCGAAAAUAUGAAGAGAGUUUUGCCCUUUUUUGCUAAUUCGGAGUAUUUUGGAGUAAUUCUCAUAGCGGUUGUCUAUUAGACAGGGGAUGUUUAUUGGGGAGGGGCAUCUAAUAUAAUUUUAACAGCAUAGAGGGGGCACUUAUUAGAUAAGAGGCAUUUAUUUGGAAGUGGGUGUCUAUUAGGUCAUUUACGGUUUCUUGUUAGUGACAAACUUAUUGUGCCUUGAAACAGUAGUUUCUUGGUGUUCAAGAUGGGUGUAAUCAACAAAUAACGUAAACCAAAAAAUUGUAAAGGCACUGAACAAUAUCUAAACCAAAACAUAAUAGCCAGGGGAGGAUCCAGGAUUUUUCUUAGGAGGGGGUGUACCACUAAGAAACUACCAUUUUAACUACCAUUUUUACGGCGUUUAACAUAAAUUCUUCAACCUCGUCUCACGUUUUACUUCCACACCAAUAAACUACAACGUUUUCUUUUUUUUUUUGGCAGAAUACUAGUUGUAUUAGAAAGCCACAUGUCAUCUCAGGAAGGGGGAGGGGUGCACACCCCCUUCACCCUCCCCCUAGAUCCACCCCUGAUAACUAACCAGCAAACAUUUCUUCAACACAAGAAAAACCCCUUCAAACCCUUUGUGCUGAACAUUCAACAUUUCUUUUUGUCACUGACUUUUAGGACUGGAGCCUUUUCAUCAGCAAUGAGGAUUUCUUGGAUUUUGUCAACAAAGUGGAAUCAAGGUAUUAUUCGGUGUUAUCGUACAAGUAGGAAUAAAAUUUUAAUGAUACAGCCUGGAAAGUGACGAUGCUUACAAGAGCUUUUCAUUACAAAGUUUAAGUCACAAUUCAAACAGGGUUUCAAAGGUGGUCGUAACCGGAGUUGGCAACUUACAAGAGUGGUCUCAAGGAGGGCAUCAACUGUAUUAUUAAGACAAUCUAAGAUCAUGGCAUUUUAAUUCUACAGAGUAGCAACUACACAUGGACUUGGCCGUGGAUGGUUCACUUACGGAGACCUUGGCACACUGCUUGAUAAUGCAAAUUUUUUGAAAACUCUGGGGAUUUUCAGGAUGGAAAUUCUAAAGGUAGGCAGUCUAAUUUUAGCGGUGUGGCUCUCAGGCUAAGGAAACCUGUUAACAUGGAAUAAAAGAAUAUUUCGUUAGAUGUGACCUUUCAAGUGGAUGUACAUCUUGUUUUCACAUUAUCCUUUCAAGACAUAUUCUUUCAUGUGAUAUCCAAACACCAAGAAAUGGGUUUUGUUAAUCGAGUUUUUGUUUAUUAUUGUUAUUUAUUUUUUUGGAAAAACUUCAAAGGUGUACAGUGAAUUUCAUUUGGAUAUCAAAGCUGUGCCAUGUGACAGUUUAAUGCAACUUCUCGAAUGGUCAAUAAUAUUUCUGGAUUGAAUGUAAUUUGUUAUGGUGCCUAGCUAUUUCAAAUCAACAGCAGAGCACCAUGGGUAGUCAUGUGACCAUAGGUCCAUCUGUCCAACCCCUACAUGUAAGCUGGUGUCAAGUGUCUCACUGAGCAUUCCUUUGCCCAGUGAGGCUGAUAAUGCUGGAACAGAGCUGCAAUAAAAGCUAGUCAAAGGACCAUGUCUGAUUAAAGUUUGCUUAUGCCCUACCAAAAAUGAUUGUGCCUGCACAUCAGUAAGACUAUCAUUUUGUUACUGAAAAUGUUUAUGGAAACUAAAUAAACAGAUUUUUCCUGCACCUUCCUCCGUGGCGUGUGUCUCACUCUCCAGUCCCAGUUUGUGCUUUGUUUGCCCGAAAAACGUGAAAAAAUAGCAGCUUUUCUCCAGGCUUAAGAUGAAAGUAUAACAAAGUGGCCAUUAUUUUUUUAGGUGUUCUGUGCUUGUGCCUUGGCUUACAUAAUGAGUUUGUCGUUGGCAUUGUCCCUAACUGCUCUGGCUAGUAGACAUCAUCAACUUAAUUUAAGAACCACUGAUGGACUUGCUGCUCCUUGCUUGCCCACUGAAUCCACCUGCCAUUUCCAUCAAAAAGCUGUCACUGAAGUACCUCCAACACUGCAAGAAGGUGGAUUCACAAAUGGUUCCUGUAAAUUCUGCAGUAGCUCUCGGAUUCUCGCACAAGGGAGGAAUAGUCUUGGAGAAAGAUCACUUAAGCAGGGAGUUAACCAGCAGUUUGGUGAGGACCAAUCAAGAUUCACGUCAGAACAUUUCAGGAGUGUCCUUGAUCCUUAUUCAUAUAGAAUGCCUAUAAUUCCAAAUGAAACAGCUCUCACUGUUGAAAUUGUUCCCAGACUGUCCGAGGACAAAACCCAUAGAGUUAUUCCCAACUUAUCAUGCGGUCAUUCUCAUUUUCUUUCCAAUUUGUCCUCGCUUAAAGUCCUACUGCAGUCUGCAAAGUUAUCAACAUCAAUUGCGAAAAACUCGAACACAAACUCGAAGAUGACUGUUGCUGAAGGUGACUCUCUCUUUUCUGAGAUUUUACAAAGAAGAAGAAACAUUUUUAACCAUUUGUCUUCAAACCGGAGCUACGUUUGUAUGGCAUAAUGAGAUAUUUAAAUGUGUAGGUGAUGCUCAGUGGGGGGGGACUCUGGAUUUCAAUUGACAGGGAUGACCACAGGGUGUUUUUGGGUUUAAAAGCUCCGGUUCAGGGAUUUUUUUAGAUGGGAAAAUUUGGCAAGUGUUUUUGUGGGUGACUUGAUUAAGUAAGGGUUUUUUUGGCUGUUUUUUGUGUCAUGUCGGUUAAUUGAAAUUCGGCAUGGGAUUUUUGGGGGGGGUUUGUUGCAAGCCCUACGGAUUUUGGGGGGUUUUAAUUUUUGCCCCCAUUUGAUCAUCCCCGUCACUUGAAAUCCGGAGUACCACCC